AUGUUUAGGCCAACGGCUCCGCUGUCUGACUCACUCCCUCCCUUGAUCUUUGGUACCGCCACCUUCAAUUACCAGUAUAACGUCGAUCCUUAUGCCCUGAGCAGCACCUCUCUCGUCCAGAAAGCUCUUGCUCAAGGUAUCCGCGCCUUUGACACUUCUCCUUACUAUGGACCCGCCGAAGAAAUUCUUGGGGCGGCGCUGGACUCUGACAUAGUGCGAAACCACUAUCCGCGAGACCAGUAUUUCAUCCUCACAAAAGUCGGUCGAGUUGCUUCUGAUGGCUUUGACUACUCUCCUGCCUGGGUCCGGGAGAGUGUCCAACGGAGUUGCAAACGCUUGAAAACCAAUUACCUCGACGUGGUUUAUUGCCACGAUUGCGAGUUUGUCUCGCCUCAGGAGGUACUUGGCGCCGUACGCGAACUGCGUCGUAUCCGGGACGAAGACGGCACCCUUAAAUAUGUCGGCAUUUCCGGCUACCCAGUCCACGUUCUGUGUGAAUUGGCCGAGAUGAUUCUGCAGGAGACCGGCGAGCCCAUUGACAUCGUCCAGUCGUACGCCAACUUCACACUCCAAAACACGAGGCUGCUGUCGGAAGGUCUUCAACGUCUGGUUGCCGCCGGCGUCGGCAUCGUGACCAAUGCCAGUCCACUGGGCAUGGGGUUGCUGAGAAGAAACGGACCUCCGGUUGGGGGUAUGGGCAACUGGCAUCCAGCACCUGAUGAUCUGCGACAGGCUUGUAUCGAUGCCGGAAAAUGGGCCAAUAGCAAGGGGGAAAAGCUGGAAGUGGUCGCUGUUCGCUUUGCUCUUGAGAAUUGGCUCCGCGAGGGCUCAAAGGUCGGUGCGCUAGGAAGUCCCCUGGGCGACAAUGACACCACUUAUGGUCAUGUCCUAAAUCUGCCUCGAGAGAAGCUUGGGGUCUCCGUCAUGGGUGUCAGCAAUAUGGAAGAACUGGACGAGACAUUGCGAGUGUGGAGGAGCGUCCUCGAUGGGUUGGCCGACGACCUCGAUGCUGAACCAGGUACCAUGACUCCGUCAGACGCUGUCAGCGAUCACGAGUGGUCUCUCUCGCGGCGUCAGACCAUUCGCAUGCUUGCAAAAGGCAUUCGAGCAGUCAUUGGGUCUCAAUGGGUGGACUAUGCCUGGCCCUCCCCUGAUCCUGGGUUCGUGAAUCGACUGAAAGCUCAGCGUGUUGUCGACGACGAGCCCGAAAACACGGAAACGACUGAUGCGCAAGAGGCUACCAUGUUGACACCGCCUGCAGAUGCAGACGAUGAUGGAAAUGCGACGGAUGUGCCUGCAUUGUGCGGUGAAUCUUGA